CAAUUCUUCUUCUUCUUCUUUUCUGUUUUUGCUUUAUCUCCUCUUCUUACAAUCUGAAGGAAUCAAUAAUGGUGAAUAAGAACGUCAAGGAUUCGAGGAACAUGGGAAGGGCAACAACCUCGACGAUCUUGAGAAGUCCAAGUAAUUCCAAGAUAACAAAACGGAGCAUGCAUGCAACCAACAGUAGCAUGAUGGACAAUAUCCCUAGAGAAUUACUGAUUGAAAUAUUAUGUCGACUUGCGCAUACUUCAUUUACGGACAUCCAUAAUGCCAAGUUGAGCUGCAAAGAUUUUCAUGAAGCAGCGGAGGAUCCAUGUGUAUAUCAAAAUAUGUCCUUAGACAAUUUCCCUUUGGUAGCAUGGAAACCCUUAACUAAAAAGGAAGAAGCUUUCUUCACAAAAUGCCAAGACUGUCAAAAUCCAGAGAUUCCGUAUAGACAAGCAGUGCUCGACUACUUCACUGGAAAAGGACCUAAAUCAGCACUCGCCCACCUCCAAGGGGCCCUGAACGCAAAUCACAUCGGAGCUUUAUACGUUACGUGCAUCAUCCUUCUCUUUAGUGGCGAGGAUGAGUUGAAAGCAUGUGGCAUGAAGUUGAUGGCCGGCAUGAAGAAGUCCAAAUAUGUGAGGGGAAAACUGAAAGAGCAUCGUGAUAGACUGAAGAGCAUGUUGAGGACAAUGUGGGUGGAGAAUCCAGCUUUGAGGCGCCGGCCGGUGUGUUGUACCAAACAAGAUAACCACAGGAGGAGAAGUAGUUGGGAAGACAUGGUUGAUGAUGCAGACGUGCACUGUGAAGGUUGUAGUGUAGAUUCUGAGAUUAAAUUUCUCCUUGACAGUUUACCUCGAUUGUAA